AUAUCUGGCAUGGCCAUCCUAUUUUAUCAAGCUGGUCCGGCUGGCAGAAAACAAUCGUGCAAGAUUUUAUAGUUGACUGAUGAAAAUAAAUAAGUAACCUUGAGCUCUAUCAUUGUUUCUUCACUGCUCUCUCUAACUUUCACGUGUCAAUAGAAACAACAGCGACACAGAAUCCAAAAUGCAGACUCUGUCCAAAAGCUCGAAUUCCUCGGCGCGGUUGUUGGCGGAUAGCGCGGAGGCUGAGCGACGUCUCCGUGAGGCGGAGGAGCGAUUGAGGGAGGCCAUAGAGGAGCUCCAGAGGCGUCAGAGGAAGGCGGCGAGUGGCGACCGCCCUCCGUGCGACCACGCUGACGUCUCAUGUGUGGCUAACGCCAUUGGCAAUCUUUGCCAAAGCUUUCUCCUUUCUUAUGGUGUGAGAGUGGGUAUCGGGAUUCUUCUUCGCGCUUUCAAGCUCGUCAGAGGACAGUCCUACUCUUCGCUUCUUGAUCUCAAGCAAUUUGUCUCAGAGAAAGAUUUGAUUGUAAGAGAGGAAGCAUGCCGCAUUGGUUUACUUUUUGGUGGCUUUACAGGAUCAUACCAUGCGCUUAGAUGCUUACUAAGAAAGCUGAGAAGGAAAGAUACACCUGUGAAUGCAAUUUUAGCUGGUUCAAUUGCGGGGUUGUCUGUUUUAGCUUUAGAUGAUUCAAACCAAAGGCGUACACUUGCACUGUAUGUUUUGGCUAGAGUAGUCCAGUGUGCUUAUAAUUCUGCAAAGUCAAAAAAUAAGUUUCAAUUACGGGGAAGCCAGUGGAGGCAUGGUGACUCUCUGCUCUUUGCUUUAGCAUGUGCCCAGGUUAUGUAUGCCUUUGUGAUGUGCCCCCAAAGCUUGUCAAAAUCAUAUGAAGAUUUUAUUCAGAAGACAGGUCCUGUUGCAGCUUCUGUAUAUAAGGCUGUAAGGGAGAACUGUAGAGGUGGUCCAGUGGAUGUCGCAUCUAUAUCAGCCUACUUAUAUAGUCAAGGGAAGUCCAAUAAUUUGAAGUUGGAAGAGUUCACAUCUAUUAUUCCUUGUUCUGUUUUUCAUCCAGAAACAAAUUCUUGUCUAGCCCACAAUGCUAAAACAGCAUCGGCUACAUUCAGGAAAACAUUUCCGCUGUACUUCUCUUUAACUUUUGUGCCAUUUGUUGUUCUGCACCUACAAAAGUUUAUGGAUACCCCUGCUCGUACCUGUUGGCUUGCUGUUAAAGAUGCUGUUCAAUCAACAAGUUUCUUGUCUGCAUUUGUUGGAAUUUUUCAGGGGGUUAUAUGUAUGCACAGAAAGAUUGCAUCUAAAGAUCACAGGCUGGUAUAUUGGGUUGCGGGUGCUUUAUCAGCUCUUUCUGUAUUACUAGAGAAAAAACCUAUACGCAGUGAACUUGCUUUAUGUGUUCUUCCGCGAGCCGGAGAAUCAUUGUGGUAUAUUUUCGUAAACCGGCGCCUGCUUGCUAAUGUUGAAAAUGCUGAGGUGGCCUUAUUUUGUGCAUGCAUGGGAGGAAUCAUGUACUACGUAGAACAUGAGCCAGAUACCGUGGCCCCAUUCUUUAUGGGCCUAAUCCGUCGCUUCCUGGCUAGCAGAAUAAGCAAUCCUGGCCCUUCAUCUAAUCGGACAGCUUCCUACACCUACUCGCGGACUCUUGAUGCCAUGAAGAAGCCAAAACUACAGGACAACCGAGGGCUUGAAACUUCAACUCCUAAACAAUACAGUCUUGAAUCUAUACAGGGGCUCUAAGCACAUUUUUGUUGAGUACAUAUGACUCCUGAAUUUCAGUCAACUAUCCAUUCUUUGCAAUUGAUAUACACUUUGUUGCUAAAAAUAUAUUUGUAUUAGAAAUGAUUCAAUGCUCUGAAGGCAAGUUACUGAAAUAGAGGGAUUUGUUUUUGGUCCCUGUUAAUACUCCUCAGGGGAACAGUUGCUCUUAUUGUUCUUAUUGAAGAGACAUUGAACAGGAAGAAAUGAUAUGAUGAUAAAUGUAAAGAUUUGUGCAACUGAUGUGCUUUUGCCCUCUGUAAAUAAUAUUAG